AUGCUAAACCCAAUAGACUUUCUUGCUCUACAAGAAAUCCACUCUUCCUUAGAAGACACACCAGGCUCCAACUUCCUCCUCGCCUGGGACUUCUCCUCUGACCCCUGCUCCUUUACCGGCGUCCUCUGCAACCCUACCACCAACCACGUCAUCUCCCUCUCCCUCGGCGAUCCCUGCGCCGGCGCCCCCGGCCUCACCGGCAAGCUCCAUCCCUCCCUCUCCCUCCUCUCCGAACUCACCGACCUCUCCCUCGUCCCCGGCCGUGUCUACGGCCUUAUCCCUCCUUCCCUUUUCCCUCCUCCGCCGUCUCCGCUUCCUCGCCCUCUCCGAGAACUUCCUCUCCGGCCCAAUCCCUCAAUCCCUCUCUUCCCUUCCCUCCCUUCAAACCCUAGAUCUCAGCUUCAAUCUCCUCUCCGGCUCUAUCCCUCCUCCUCCACCCUCUCUCUCAUCUCUCAUCCUCUCCCACAACCGCCUCUCCGGCAUGAUUCCCUCCGCCAUCGGUGGCAACCCUCGCCUUCUCCGUCUUGA